AUGGGAUUCCGGGUCUCGGAAGCAGUGAGGAGAGGGUGUGUCCACAAGCGCGCUCCCAAAGCAUGCCAAUCAUGUCGCACGCGCAAGGUUCGUUGUGAUGUAACUAGGACAGGGGAGACAUGCACCAACUGUAGGUUGGACAACAAGCUCUGUGUUGUUCCAAUCAGUAAACGGCGACAUGUAGGAGAUCGAGUACUUGGGUCUUCUUUCGUCACCAGCACUCAUCAUCCACAGAGUCCGAUAUGUGACGCUAUCAUCGACUUUGGGGAUAUACAAAAAUCUCCCCAAGAAACUCGAGGGAGUGGUGCGAAGACACUGGCUACCGCAACCCCAGUGAAUGAUACAGCAUUCAAUAUCUUUGACUUGGGAAUCGGCGACUUUCUGGCAUCUGGUGGUAGCAAUUUUGUCGAGCAGGAGCAGCUGAAUAAUCUACUCGUCGAUGAGAGCGACAUGCUCGAACGUAUGACCAGAUCGUACCCUUCACCGAGCCAGACACUCUGUAGCGAGCAACACCCGCUUCCAAGCCUUCCAUCGUAUAUUGCUGCUUUACCAGACCACAUACCUGCAGAUGAUGUUUGGUAUCUCCAAAAUCGAGAUUGUUUGACUAUUCCAGACGCAGAGUCAAGAGAUCGACUUCUACGCGCGUACGCGACCUGGGUUCACCCAUUCACGCCCAUGUUGGACCUCGUCGGUAUUAUUAAAGCGGUCUCUGGGGAUAUGACAUGUGGUCCUGUAAGUCUGCUUGUCUUCCAAUCGAUGAUGCUUGCAGCAGCUCCAUUCUGUGACCUGGAUAUGGGUACAAAAGAUCGCAAGAAGAGUCGUAGAAUAUUGUAUGAGCGCUGCAAUAUUCUGCACAAUUUCGGUAUCGAGUCUGACCAUCUCUCGAUCCUUCAAUCUGCAAUAUUGAUGAGCUUCUGGGACGGCGAUGACGGCCAGAUCCGAGACAGUUACUAUUGGAUAGGAAUAGCAACUUUGCACGCUAAUGGCAUGGGGCUUUAUCUAGAUCCCACGAUCGGCCCAUCUGAUGAGCACAGACAGAAGGUGUUGAAGCGGACCUGGUGGUCAUUGUUGAUACGAGACAGGCUGCUCGCGGUCGCUCUAAGAAGACCUGUGCAAACCAAGGCGUUCAGAUUCGACGUACCUAUGCUUCAAAUAGAAGACUUUGAGCUCGACACUUUACUCGAGGCAGUGGGAUACAACCUCCCGAUCGACGAGUUCAACCUGGAAAACUUGGAGAUCGUGGCCAGUUGUUGUAUGGCUGUAGCACAAUUGUCUGAAUACAUCGAUAAGAUCUUAUCGCUGCAGUAUUCGAUCCAGAAAACCCUGGGCCCUCAGUCACAUAGCAACAAAACCGUCUCGCUGGUUCCCAAGACAACCGGGAUCAAGUGGGCCAACAUCAGCAGCUGUGGACAGGAACUGCAAAACUGGUAUGGGUAUCUACCCGAAGAGGUCCAGCAGCUUGAGCACGCUCCUGAACAGUCUUCAGGCUCUGAAGGCAAUAUGGCCAACGUUCACAGAGCCUUGUUAGCCUCUUACUAUUCUAUGACAAUGAUGACUUUAUACCGGCCUCUACUUUCCCUCUCCGUGCACAAGACUGAGGAAAAGCGAAUCCGAAACAUGGCCAUCAAAAUGGUCUUCCAAGCCGCACAAAGCAUUACUGGAAGUUUUGGCGGCCUGUACACAAAUGAUUUAUUGCUGUACCUGCCCGAGACCGCUACUGCUGCAAUAGAGCCGGCGAUCGUCACACAUCUCCUGUACAGCACAUCAGAUGCAGCACGGAUUCGUAAUCAUAGCUUCCAAGGAUUCUAUCUCUGCUGGAAUAUGUUGCUGCAGCUGGGACAAAUCUACUUUCUCGCUGACACCACGGCAAUGAUGAUCAAUGCUGCCGCACAGAAACUCAAGGCCCACUCGACCAUAAAAAGGGCGCUUCCUACCCAGUCGACUGACUUGACAGAGCUUGUGGAUGCGUUAUGCACUCCUAAUGCUCUGAGCUUCACAUCCAGGAUUGCUGUACCAUUUGUUGGCGUUGUGGGGGAGCAGAGAAAAGACGAGAUUCCCGUGCAAUGGGUGCACGAUCCUUGUACCCAGAUCGAGGUCAUACGUCCAGCACAUGAAUUAGAGUUCGGAAUGGCCGUUGGCGAUACCCGUAUUGGCGGCUCUUCGGAUGCUGAUUUCUUCGAGCAACUAGUGUGCUGGGACAUGGGAGACUAG